AUGAAUACUCCACCGGUCACCGAGGUGGAAAUCAUUUACGAUCGCGAGAGCGAGUCGCCACUUCCACACAGUGUCAUUGAUCUGUCGUUCACGCAAAGGGCAGGGAAGAAACUAUUCCGCAAAUCUCGAAGGCCCAGAGUUCCUCUGCUGGGAGAUGGACUUGAUCUGGAAGAUCCUAUGGUCUCGUCUUAUGCAGAGACAGGCGGCGAGAUCGCUCAAGACGAAAAAGCCGCUAUGGAUCCUUUUCACAUUCUGAAUGGAAAGGAUAGACUGGGUCGGCGCACAUCGACCAGUCCGGAAACCCAGGGUAGGGAAGAACGCCCAGAUGAAGAGGACAGGUCGAAUUAUGAUCUACUUGGAUGA